AUGAAUAAUGCUUCAGUAGUGAGUGUACCAAGUUAUCCAGAGCCAAUAUUCUCCCUCCCGAUGAAUUCCCAUGCUCCUCCCUUCCCACUCGUGUCGAAUACACAAUCGUUUGUGAAUGAUUCUGUCUGUGCGAUUUCAUCAAGUGGCAUACCGGGACCUGCUACCGGUGGCACGGUGUAUUCGGUGAUCAACUCCAGAGUGCAACAAUUGUGUCAACAAGUACCUCGUAUGAUUAGUUCGGAAUCAGUUAAUAAUCCUCCGGUGGCCAAUCCGGUACCAGUGAAUUCGUUUCAAAGCCACUAUCAUCCAGUAUAUCAUCCUGCAGUAGGAAAUAGUGAAAUAGAUCCAGUAGGGACAAGCGUUUGUGCACAGCCUUACAACACUCCAACCGCUCAACAGCUAGCAGCUCGCCACGUCGUUCCUAAAGAACUUCCGAAUUUUUCGGGAAAUCCAGCGGAAUGGCCGCUAUUUUGGAGCAGUUUUGAGACGUCAACAAGAAUCUGUGGUUACAGUGAGUCGGAAAAUUUAAUGAGGCUCCAACGCUGCUUGAAAGGAGAAGCAAGAAAAGCUGUCAACUGUUUUUUGCUCCACCCGUUAAACGUUCCUGAAAUUAUUCGCACAUUGACCACGCUCUAUGGAAGACCAGAGGCGCUCAUCGGAACCUUGUUGGCCGAAGUUAGGGCCGCGCCGGCCCCUCGAUCUGAGAAACUAGAGAGUAUCAUCAAUUUCGGAUUGGUUGUACGAAAUCUCUGUGCGCAUCUUAUCGCAACUGGCCAAGAAUUGCACCUAGCGAACCCAAUGCUGAUGAACGAGUUGGUUGACAAGUUGCCGGCCAAUAUAAAGCUAGACUGGGCAUUGUUCACGCAACGAAUCGCACGAGUGGAUUUGCGGGCUUUUUCGGACUACAUGAACGUCAUCGUCGAUGCUGCGAGCCGAGUAAUUCCGGUAUUGGAUAAGCAUGUAACACCGAAAGGAAGAGCCAUCGUCAAUGCCCAUUCUUCAGAAGGCAACGCCUGCCAAAUCCCGCGAAACUACAAAUCUACGACAUCCAAGGCGGAGUUCGUGAGAACACAAUCUGGAGGAAGCGAACGGCCAUGCAUGGUAUGCAGGAUAGGUGGCCACAAGCCGAAGGAUUGUUCCGUGUUCAGAGCCAAAUCAUUGGAAAAUCGGUGGAAGAUCGCGCAAGAAUUACAUUUUUGCAGAAGAUGUCUUUACCCUCAUGGAAAAUGGCCAUGCAAAGCUUCUCUGUGUGGGACGGAUGGCUGUCAACAACGCCAUCAUAGACUCCUGCAUCCUGGAAAUCCUACACAGGAGCGGGAAUCCACGGAUUUCCCGAACGCUGUAUCAGGAGUAGUUAGUGUUCACCAAAACAGUCACAACAAAGUGUUGUUCAGAAUAGUUCCAGUUGUGUUGCACGCUAAUGGAAAAUCAGUUGAAACAUUCGCGUUUCUUGAUGGAGGAUCCGACUCAACGUUAGUGGAGAAAUCGCUAAUCGAGCAUCUCGGUAUACAGGGUCCAGUAUCACCCCUGUGCAUGCAAUGGACGAAUGGAGUUAAGCGAACAGAAGAAGAUUCAAUGGCAGUUCAGUUCCAAAUCUCUGGAUUAGACCAAAGUAAGCAGUUCCAACUAAAAGAUGUGCACACAGUAGAUAAUUUGAACUUACCAAGGCAGUCGAUACACUUUGAAGAGCUAACUAGUCGUUUCGCUCACUUGCGAGGACUACCAGUCAAGAGCUACAUUGAUGGUGUGCCAGGUAUUUUAAUUGGUCUGGACAAUACCAAGGUGAAAAUUCCGCUCAAGCAUCGUGAGGGAAAUGCCAAUGAACCGGUGGCAGCCAAGACCAGACUCGGCUGGGUCGUCUUCGGCCGCGCUGGACUAACGGAUCGAGUUCUACCACACCGAGUGCUUCAUGUUUGUACACGCCAGCAGGACGCAGAUCUGGACGAACUAGUGAAGCAAUUCUUUUCGACGGAAAGUGUAGGCAUUUCUGCAUUGACACCGAUUGAGUCGGCAGAUGAGAAACGGGCGAGAGAUAUUCUACAGCGGACGACAGUUCGAACUCUAUCCGGGAGAUACCAAACAGGAUUGCUGUGGAAGUACGAUGAAAUAAAAUUCCCAAACAGUAAGCCGAUGGCCGAGAGGCGGCUCCAAUGCCUUGAACGCCGUCUAUCCAAGUCUCCAGAUCUCUACGCUAAAAUGCGACAGCAGAUGGUGGAAUACCAGAUAAAAGGAUACGCUCAUAAAGCCUCAAUGAGCGAGUUACAAGAAUCGAACAUUGAAAGCAUCUGGUAUCUGCCAUUAGGCGUGGUCGUUAACCCCCGUAAACCUGGGAAGUUGCGCGUUGUUUGGGAUGCAGCUGCCGUUGUACAAGGAAUCUCGUUCAACUCGGUCCUACUUAAAGGACCUGAUCUUUUGGUGUCCCUCCAAACAGUACUAUGCCGCUAUCGUCAAAAGGAAAUUGCUAUUAGUGCUGAUAUUAUGGAAAUGUUCCAUCAAGUGCAAAUUAGACCCGAAGAUCGCCAAGCCCAAAGGUUUCUAUGGCGUGAUAACCCAGCAGAACCAAUGGACACCUUCGUCAUGGAUGUAGCUAUAUUUGGGUCGACAUGCUCGCCGUGUUCCACGCAGUACGUCAAGAAUGUUAAUGCAGAAGUGCAUUCGAAGCAGUUUCCGAAAGCAGCCCGUGCUAUAAAAGAAAACCACUACGUCGACGACUAUCUUGACAGCGUUGACAGCGUCGACGAAGCGAUUCAACUGGCAGAAGACGUUAAGAUUGUCCACGGAAAAGCAGGUUUCUUAAUACGACAUUGGAUGUCCAAUUCUUCCAAAGUAUUGGAGCGUAUCGGCGAACAAAUUACACAAACAGUGAAGAGUUUCGCGAUGGAUAAAGACAACCAACAGGAACGCAUUUUAGGGAUGGUAUUGAAGCCAUGGGAAGGCAUGUUUUCGUUCACGUCUUCAUUCAGAAGCGAUUUACAGCGAUUGUUGUUCAACAAUCAGUGA